AUGGCCGCGCCCAUACGUGCUGUGCUGGUUUUGCUGGUUUUAGCUUUUCUUGUCGGUGGAAUCAUUGAUGUACUUCGUAAUUUCGAAGACAACCAGUGCGAAAUGACAUGGAUGUACGAACAACCCGAAUACCACUCCAUAACACUGAAUAAGAAAUUCCAGCGACAAUUCCCUAGGUACGGGCUGUAUUUCUACGGAGAAGGAAACUACGCGCAUCAGAUGAAGAAAUUAAAGUUCGCGUUGACGGGUGUUCCUGUAUUGUUCAUACCAGGCAACGGUGGAAGCUACAAGCAAGUACGCUCCCUCGGAUCUGUGGCUCAAAGGAAAGCUCAAAACAUGAACAAUUUCUUCCAUUUUAAUUACUUUUCAGUGGACCUAAACGAAGAGCUAUCGGGCAUGCAUGGCGCCGUUUUGUAUCAGCAGACGGAGUUCGUAAACUAUUGUAUACGAAAAAUUCUUAAUCUAUACAAGGACUCCCCGUCUCCCCCGACAUCUGUAAUCCUUGUGGGUCACUCCAUGGGAGGUAUGAUCGCCAGGGCAUUGUUCACCCAGAAAAAUUUUGAUCCGAACUCUGUGUCUACUAUCAUCACACAAGCUACUCCUCAUCAGGGUUUGGUGUUGGUGCCAGACUAUCUUGUAGGGAAGUUUUACAAGGAGGUAAAUGGGUACUGGAAGGCUAACAAAAACACUAAGCUGAGAGAUGUUGUUGUUGUUUCUACUGGUGGUGGAUUUAGAGAUGUCCAAGUACGACAGGAUUUGACGUCUUUGGAUGGCCUGGUAGCACAGAAUGUGUCCAUCAGUACAUCAUCGAUGUCCGUGCCGAAAGCCUGGGUGUCAACAGAUCACUUAUGUGCAGUCUGGUGCCGUCAGAUGGUCAUGGUCACAGAGAGAGCGUUGUUUGACAUUGUCAAUAGGUCAACAUUGCAGGAGUCAGCAGAUGUGAAAAACAAAAUGUCUGUAUUCCGGUAUCACUUCCUGGAGAACCCAGGAAGUAGAGAGUAUCUCCCAGUUUGGGAUGAGAAGGUUGAGAUAAUAAAACCUGCUAUCUGGGAGCCUGUAACUACAAAGCAGUGGCUUAUUGUAAAGGAGAAAAGAAAGAAAUUUGUGUAUCUAACUGUUCCUAUCAGCAAAAACAAGAACACACUGGUAGCUGCAAGCAAUGCAAAAGUUGAUAACUGGAUCUUCGCUUGUAAGAUUAAACGUGGACAAGAUGACUGUGGAGAUACAUUGAACCUAGCCCAAAGAGGCAGAGUGAUUCCUCCCUUGUAUUCAAACAAGAGGGUUAUUCAGCUUGACUUGGCAGAAUUAACUGACUUCACACACGUUGUCUUGGUUUUGCCUCGUGGGGAAGACAAAACAGUGGUAUCUGGUGAAAUUGUUGGAAGGAGUGAGCUCUCCAGAACGUACAAACUCCCAGGUUUGCUGGAUAUCCUGUCAGCCUUCCCAGGAAGUUUGCUGUCCAAGAAAGAGAUAUUCAGAUUCAAGGGAAGCAACUCUGUAUUCUUUGAUGUAUCCCUGUCUGGUUUAAACAGUGUUUUCCACUCAUAUAAAGCCUAUCUAGACUCCACAGGGUGCCCCAACAGCACAGAUGAGUAUGAUGGCAGUGUAAUGCAGUUCCACAUGACCGAUGGCUUCGAAGACACCUUUGCCUUCAUCAAACAGGGGUUGUCUGGAGAAAUUACUUUAAAACGACAGAGUGUUUACAGGGGGAAAACACAGCAGAAAGUGCAACUUUUGUUGUAUCUACAGCCAGGUUGUAACUACAGACUGUCUAUCAAGCCAGAAAUUUUGGAUAGUAUGGGCCAGUUUAUUCGUUUUUAUGGACCAUUGUUAUUGGCAUUUAUUGUUGCCAACAUUUUAAUGGGUUUUAUUGGACAGUUAAGGUCACUAAAUAAAUCUACUAUUUGUCCCACAUUGUUAGAAUCAGUUGCGAAAUACAGUAGGCCAUAUUAUGUUAUUCCUUUGGAAUUAGUUAUUAGAUACUUACUCAGCCAUCAAACUGUUCACAGAUUUCUGUUACCUCUGGGUCUUCCUGAAGAUGAUAGCAUACAUCUGCAAAGGCUGAGAAUGUGGUUUUCUGGACUACCCCUCAUUCUUUAUUUGCUUGGCCUUGGGUUCAUUGCAUUUUAUGUUUACUUCUUUCAGAUCGUUUUGAAAGUUUGUGGAAAGGUUUUGUGUCGAGUAUGGUGUUGUCCUGAUGUUUGUUCAAGCCUCUUUAAGCUGUUGAAAUAUGGCCUGAUUUUGGCAGCUAUUGGAAUAUCCGGGUUUGUGUGUGGCAGCUUGGGCAUUGCUGUUUGUUGUUGUAUACAGCUUUUAAAAUUGAUUCGCCUUCGCUGUGCCUGUGAACACACAAGUCCUCAGCAGUUUCACUCGAUAUCAUUGUACAAUUUUCAUUUUUCCAUCUUUCUCAUGUUGCUAUGGCUUUUCCUCUUUGAUGCUCCCCCUCUAAUUGUCUGGGUGGGGCAUAUUAAGUUUAGUUACAGACUUGAGGACGACCCUAGUCGACUGGCUGGUGUACUGUGCUCUGUGGCCUAUCUUAUCAUCAGUACAUGGGACAAGCCUUCCCCAGUGAGGAACAUGUACACAAGUGUCAUCUACAUGCUCUAUAUUGACGUUAUUCUGUUGCUUUUAUAUGCUACUUAUUCUCAGUACAGAAUAGUGUAUGUUCUCGUAGCUGUCAUGCUUUCACUUAUUGUCCCCCAGAUUGUGUCCAAUACCAUACGUGAACCGAAUGUUUCUGAUGAAAAGGACAAAAAUGAUUAAUUGAGACAUAAAGCAUAAACAUACAAGAUUUCAACAAUAUUAUAACCAUUUUAUGCAAAAUUCAGUUUUAAUGAAUGAAAUAUUUUUAAAA